GAAUCCCCGAUACGGGAGAGAAAGGGGGAGGAGACGAGAGGGGAGUCGAACUAGGGUUAGUGGCGAGAGCGGUGGCCGGCGGGGGCGAAUUCGCCUCCAUCCAUCGCCUAGAUCGAAUCCCGCCUCCUCCCUAGGUCUCCCCCCCCCCCGAUCUUGUUCGCCGCGGCGGCGCAGCUGCCCUAGCCGCCGUCGCUGACGUCCGUCCGCUCGGCCUCCUUCGCUCCAGGGUUUCCAGAUCCACAGCCUUCAGGGCCCCCGCCCUGCCGCUGCUGUACGACGCUCCCUCCUCCCGGCUGGAUUUCCAUCGCCGAAGCGAUUCGCUGGUGAAUUUUGUAUAGCGCUGUCAGAAAGGAUCUUGGUCCAUAGGAGUAAACAGAAGCUAGAAAACUUGUUGGCCAUUAUGACAUCGGUGGGCCUAGUAGGUCCUUCAUCAGGUUUUCCUGAAACAAGUACUAGUGGAGCCACUGAUCGUCUGACAGAUGAUAUCAGCGAGAUGAGCAUAAGAGAUAAGGAAGUUGAAGCUGUGGUGGUCAAUGGCAAUAGUAUGGACAUAGGUCAUACUAUUGUGACAACUGUUGGUGGAAGAAAUGGGCAACCAAAGCAGACAAUUAGUUACAUCGCAGAGCGUGUUGUGGGGCGUGGUUCAUUUGGAGUUGUCUUCCAGGCUAAGUGUCUAGAAACUGGUGAGAGAGUUGCUGUAAAGAAAGUUCUCCAAGAUGCGAGGUACAAGAACCGGGAGCUGCAAACAAUGCAAGUUCUUGAUCACCCAAAUGUUGCAUGCUUGAAGCAUUACUUUUGCUCAACUACUGCAAAGGAAGAGCUAUACCUCAAUUUGGUGCUUGAAUAUGUGCCAGAAACUGUUCAUCGUGUUAUUAGACAUUACAAUAAGAUGAGCCAACGCAUGCCGUUGAUCUAUGUUAAACUUUACAUGUACCAGAUUUGUAGAGCUUUGGCAUACAUUCAUAACUGUGUAGGAGUAUGCCACAGAGAUAUAAAGCCACAGAAUAUACUGGUGAAUCCACAUUCUCAUCAGUUGAAAUUGUGUGACUUUGGCAGCGCAAAAGUUUUGGUGAAAGGAGAACCAAAUAUUUCAUAUAUCUGUUCUAGGUACUACAGAGCUCCAGAACUCAUAUUUGGGGCUACAGAGUACACAACAGCUAUUGAUGUGUGGUCUGCUGGCUGUGUUCUUGCUGAACUACUUCUAGGGCAGCCUGUUUUUCCUGGUGACAGUGGUGUUGACCAGCUUGUUGAAAUUAUCAAGGUACUGGGUACUCCAACAAGGGAAGAAAUUAAACAUAUGAACCCAAACUAUACUGAGUUUAAGUUCCCACAAAUCAAAGCUCAUCCCUGGCACAAGAUCUUUCAUAAAAGAAUGCCAUCUGAAGCUGUAGAUCUCGUGUCUCGGCUUCUGCAGUACUCGCCACACCUCCGGUGCACUGCAUUGGAGGUGUUAAUUCAUCCAUUCUUUGAUGAAUUACGGGAUCCAAAUGCUCGCUUACCAAAUGGCCGUACCCUUCCCCCACUCUUCAAUUUCAAGCCACGUGAGCUGAAAGGAGCAUCAAUGGAAUUUCUGGUGAAGUUGGUUCCACAGCAUGCUAAGAAGCAAUGCGCCUUCUUAGGAUUAUGAGCAAAACAGUUCACAGACUAAACGGGUAUACGGCCGGUCUACUUGGUUCCGUAGAACAGCAUGGCCUGCAGUAUUAUUGAAAUGGGCCCUAAAUUUUGUUCUACGUGUACCCUAUCUUUGGCAUGCCUUCUGCCAUCAUAUAUUAUGUAAAGCAGAUAAAGGCAUGGAGUGGGUUAUCCAUUGGGGCUUGUAUAUUGGUCUGCCCUUGACUUGAGAACUUCUCUCGUGCUGUAUCAAGCAAGAAAGAAACACGCAUGUAUGUUUGAGCCCUAUUUCGUACCCCAACUUCUCUAUUAGUUUUCAGCAACCAUCAGAUUUAAUUCAGUUUGUAGGGUUAAACAGAAAGGUCUUUGUGUAAGUUGAAGACUUAUAUCUGUUCUGAUACAAGCUAUUCAAUUGUAUUUGAUCAUUCUUUUGUAUUAACUCUCUGAUAAACUUAAUGAGUUUAUGCUAUUUUUAUGUAUGUGACAUAGUUGUGUGCCACUUUCAAAACACCUAA